CACAUGGAGGCACAGCAGGGUUCUCCGGACAGCAGCAGUGAGGAAUGUACUGUACUGGAGGCUCCGCCCGGCAAGGAAACAGAAGUGGUUUGUGCUCAACAUAAAGGAAGAUCUCCUGCAUUGUAUUGUUUGGAAUGUGAGAGGGCUGUGUGCGACGAGUGCAUGUUGGGAGAACACGAGGACCACCGUACCGAUUCUUUGGAAAAAAUUGUGGAUCAACAGCGAGCAGCUUUGCAAGAAGGACUGACUGCAGCUAAGAACAGGCUUCCCCAAAUAAGAGACACCGUCCAGUCACUGAGGGACGUCCUGCAACAGCUGAGCACUCAGAGGAACUCUAUAGAAGAGAACAUUCACUCAUCCUUCAGCGAUUUGCACAAGACCCUCGACACCCGCAAGAGCGUCCUACUCAUGGAGUUAGAGGUCACCUUUGGAAUGAAGCAGAAGGUACUGCAGAACCAGUUAGACACUCUACUUAAAGAGGAGGCAGCAAUCAACAGUAACUGCAACCUAACAGGAGAGGCCCUGAACGGAGCCAGCGAGGCCUUUGUUCUGCAAACCCACAAAGAUUUUGGAGAGCGACUGAGCGAGAUGGCCAGUGAGGGUCUCCCCCUUCAACCCGAGGAGAACAAUCAACUGGAGCUCGCGAUGGAGAUGGAAGGACUUCGAAAUUCCAUCCACAACCUGGGCGCCAUUAUCACCACAAACGCAGUUGCCAGCCACACCGAGGCCUCCGGGGAGGGUCUGGAGCAAUGCUUCGUGGGCCAGCCGACCUCCCUCAUCAUAACCACCAGAGACAAGUCAGGGGGCCUGUGUAAGACGGGCAAUGCUGUCAUCUCGUGGGAGGUCUCCACACCUGAUGGAAAUGCCGUGGAUGGAGAGAUCCUGGACCACAAGAAUGGCAUCUACGAGUUUCUGUACACAGUGCACAAGGAAGGGGACUUGAGUCUGGGUUUAAGACUUUACGACCAGCACAUUAAAGGAAGCCCCUUUCAAUUAAAGGUGGCCAGUUCUCCAGACGACUCUCCUACGACCACGUCAGGAGCCAAUGCCGCGUCAACGGGCUCCAGCGAUGGCGGUGCGAGGAGGCGGAGUGCCAAGUCCCCAGGCAGCCGGAGCCGACAGAAGGGAGUGAGGCGAGGUGGAAGCUUGUUCAGCACCCCCAAGAAGAAAGUGAAUCCAAUUGAAGAUGAUCUCAUUUUUAAAAUUGGAACUAAGGGGAGAAACAAAGGAGAGUUUACCAAUCUACAAGGUGUAGCCGCCUCAUCCGGAAGCAUCCUGAUUGCGGACAGUAAUAAUCAGUGUGUGCAGAUCUUUUCCAAUGAGGGAGAGUUUCAGAGCCGAUUUGGAGUUCGCGGCCGGUCGCCGGGCCAGCUGCAGCGGCCCACUGGUGUUGCCGUGCAUCCCAAUGGUGACAUCAUCAUCGCUGACUAUGAUAACAAGUGGGUUAGCAUCUUCUCCAGUGAUGGUAAAUACAAGGCUAAACUGGGCUCUGGAAGGCUGAUGGGUCCAAAGGGCGUGUCAGUGGAUCAGAAUGGUCAUGUUAUCGUUGUGGAUAAUAAGGCUUGCAUGGUGUUCAUCUUCCAGCCCAGUGGAAAACUUGUGACAAAGUUUGGCAGCAGAGGCAUCGGUGAUAAGCAGUUUGCAGGUCCACACUUUGCAGCAGUCAACAAUAAUAAUGAAAUUAUUGUAACAGACUUUCACAAUCACUCAGUAAAGGUGUUUAGUGCUGAGGGAGAGUUUCUGCUCAAGUUUGGCUCAAACGGUGAGGGAAAUGGCCAGUUUAAUGCUCCCACAGGAGUUGCAGUGGAUGUUAAUGGUAACAUCAUCGUCGCUGACUGGGGAAAUAGCCGGAUACAGGUAUUUGAUGGCAAUGGUUCCUUUCUGUCCUACAUCAACACGGCGGCCGAUCCUCUGUAUGGGCCGCAGGGUCUCGCCCUGACCUCGGAUGGCCACGUGGUUGUGGCUGACUCUGGUAAUCACUGUUUUAAGGUGUACCGUUACCUUCAGUGAUUGGAAGCUUCGUAGAUGUGUCAAGCUCUUGCACUUCAUUCGCAGAUAUAUCCAGCCCUACUCAUAACCCCAUCCUCUGUAUCAGAAUGAAUGAAUGUGACUUUAAUACAGAACAUUUUAUUAUUGUGAGUGCAAUCAGAUUAUUGGAAUGGCAUAGUGUUGGGACAUUAAGGUGUGGUCACAUUAAACUUCCAAGAUCCAUAUAUGUCUAUUCAAAUACAUGGAAUGGAUGCCAGAAAUACAUUAUAGCAGCAGAUUUAAUGUGAAUAUGGACCCUUGACCCAAAAUUCCCACUCAUGUACUGUAUAUGUAUAUGGCAAAAGGUAUGUGGAUAAGCUUGUUGCGCAUCCUAUUGUUAUGGAGUAGUAGUGUGGGAAGGCUUUACACAAGAUUUAAUAGUGUGUGUGGGAAUUUGUGCCAAUUUCUUAAUAAAAUAUCAUUCAUGAGGUCAGGCUUCUACAGCAACUGUCCUUCCACAUCAUCCCAAUGGUGUGUUUGGGCCUAAGUUGGGGCUUUGUGCAGGCCACUGAAGUGUAAAAUUCUGAAUCUUUAUAGACCUCGCUUCAUGCAACAUCACAGACAUGUUGGAACAUGUAAGGGCCUUCCCUAAUCUGUUGCCAAAGAGUUGUAAACAUAUCAUUUCUUUUAUAUAACACCUGAACUCAAAAGAAGGAUUUGCGACCUGUCUGGAGUGUUUCCAGCAUCUCAGCUAAAGAAUUGGACCCACCUCUGAAUAAACACACAAUGAAUAAGGCCGCUCAGGUGGCACAGCGGUAAAAACACACGCUGGAACCAGAGCUGAGAUCUCGAAUACAUCAUAUCGAAUCUCAGCUCUGCCUACCGGCUGAGGCUGAGCGGCCACAUGAACAAUGAUUGGCCUGUUGUUCAGAUAUGGGCGGGACUAAGCCGGAUGGGGUCUCUCUCCCAUGACUGGUGCAAUCACGACCUCUGCUGGCUGAUUGAUGGCGCCAGCACAGAGAUGAGAAAAGAGUGCUCUCAGGGUGUGUCUCUCCAUACACAAUGCUGAGCUGCACUGCACUUGUCAAAGUGUAGGUGAUAAGAUGCAUACGGCAUGCUGCCCACAUGUCGGAGGGGGAGAGGGUUAGCUUCGUUCUCCUCAAUCAGAGCAGGGAUCGGCAUUGGUGGAGAGGAAGCAUGACGCAAUUGGGCAAUUGGACGUGCUAAAAAAGGAGAAAAAAAGGGGAGAAAAUGCAUAAAGAAAAAAAAUAUAUAUUAAAAAAACACACAAUGAAUAAAGGAGUAAAGUGUCCACAUACUUUUGGCCAUUUAAAAUAUUUAAGCUACAUGCAAUGUGAUCCAACUAAAUGCUCAAAGCUAACUAAAUUUUGGGGACAUCAAAUCAAACAUCAUGUUGUGCUGUUUAUAGAACUGAGUGUAAACAAAACCCACAUGGUACAACUGGAGUACAGUCAGUUAUAAUGUGACCACGCCUUAAAUUAGCAGCAAUGUAGGCUGCCCAGAUGUCACUGCAGUGUAAUGCGCUCUCCCACACACAUUCGAGUCUCUGCUGUGCCACCGGCCUGACCGGCGCUUAACAGACACAUUCGGCCAUGUGUCAGGAACUUUGUGGUUGAGACCCUUUCAUGGGUGGUGGAGGAAUACAGAGAGCAAAGCGUAAUCCUCCAUACAUGUUAGAAUGGUUUCUCUGGAGGAAUCUGCCACA